AUGAAUAAAAUAUUUUUACCAAAAAGAAGAAAGGUUCUUUAAUGUCCUGAAACUACUAUAGAAUCUUAAUUAUAAACAACUCGAUCAGUUGCUGUAAAUAAUAUAUCUUCAAUGUUCAGUCAACCAAUCAAGAUGUACCAAAGAUUAUAGUUAAAACAGAAGAAAGUGAAGGAAUUUCUAUUCCUAAAGAUAAUAGAUUAAAAAAUUGGAAUGAUGUUUUUGGUGAUUUUUUAUCUGAAGCUUUAUUAAGAAGAAAAUAAACUCAAAUAAAAAGAAAUACAGAGACUGCUAUUGAUAGAGCAUAUUUACAUGAAGUUCCUUUAAAAAUUCACAAUGCAAUGACAAUAAGUCCAUCAAUAAGAAGUAAUUUUACUAAAUAUAUUUUGGGUGAAAUAUCUGCUGAAGAAUUUGUAAUUAGAAAAAAUUAAUCUCAAAAACUUGAUAAAUUAAUUCCAGCAGUCAUUAAGAAAUCAAAAAGACCAAAAAUUAAUGUGUAAUAAAUAAAUAUUAAUAUUAUUAGAACAUAUAGAAGAUCUGCAGUAACAGAUGAGGGUAAUCAUGAUAUUGCUUUUUUAUAAUUAUUAGAUGAAAAAAAUGAACAGAUGAUUAAAAAAUAAUAAGCAUAAGAUAGAUUUGAUAUAAUUAGGGAUGUUAUAGAAGAAAAAAUUGAUAAGAGAGAAAAAGAAGAUCUAGUAAAGAGAAGCAGAGAAUUAAAAAAUGUUGCAAUGAUCAAAUAAAUGUAUGAUAUAAGUGAUCAAUAUAUUCAAAAUUUAUAAAAGAAAUUUUAGGAAAAAGAUAUAAAUACAAAAAAAAAACUAAUAUUUAAAGGAAAUUCAGUAAAUAUAAUUUAACAUUAAAACCCAUAUUAAUUAUUGAAUUCUAGAAAUCAUUAAAAUCCUAAUAAAGUCAAAUAUGAAGCUCCUUAAGAAAAAUAUGUGAUUCGUCAUUUAGUUAAUAAGAAGGUAAAAUAAUAUAUGGAAGAAUUACUUAUUAAAGAUUAUAUUGAAAAUGAAAAAGUUAAAAAGUAGAUUUAUGUUAAUUAUCAAUUUAAAAAAAAAAUUAUCCCAAAAUCUACUUAAUCUAAUACACUACAGACAUUUGAUGAUAGCGAAUAAAAUAAUAUUAAAUAAAUUUAUCCAUUUAUAUAGAAAGGUACAAAAGGUAAUUAAAUAGUUAAAAAUUAAUUGAUCAAUAAUGAUUUAGAAUUAAUAUAAUAUAUAACAAACUAUCCAAAAUACGAUCCAUAUAAAGAUAAAGAUGUCUAGGAAUAAAUCUAAAAAGAUAUACUUGAUGCUGGAGGAUUAUCUUCUAAUAGACAUAUAAAAAUUCCAUAAAGAAAAACAGCAUCAUCAUUUAAAUAUAAUAAAUUUAGAAAUUAAGACAUAAAUGGAUCAUUGGAUUCUCGGACUGAUGAUGAAUCAUUAAAUUCUAUGUAUGAAUUCAAUGUAGAUAAUCUCUACUAAUAAAGUAUGAAAUUGUAAGAAAAACUAUUGGAAAAGUAAUACACUGAUGGUUUUAGUAAAACAAUAAAGGCAAUUUAAAAAAAUUAAUAAUUAAACAAGUAAUUUUUUGAUUUAACAAUAGUGACAUUAUUUUAAAAAAUAUAUAAAAACUUGAAGGAAUAUCUCCAAUCUGA